AUGUUGGUGGUGGUGCUUCUAGCUGCUGCCGUACUCAGCAAAGAGUAUAGAAAACUGAAAUCCACGACCUCCAAAUCAAAAUCCCUACAAAAGCCACAAAAAUCCUUGUCCUUAAAUAAAGACAGAAAGUUUGGCACCUGGACCCCGGAGCUGUUUCAACUCCCAGUUCCAGAGCCUUUCCCAAACUGGGACAUCAAAUCCACGUCUCCGUUGCCUUACAGAGCAUUCAAGCACAAAUACAAUAUCACUAUGGGAAUCAGAAACAUGGACUGGAACCUGUGGUUCGAGUUGGAUAACGAGUGGACAAAGUUUCACGAAGAAAAGUUGAAGCGGGUCAAACAGUAUGACAAGAAAUUGCACGAAACCGGUGUUGAAGCUGUUGAUGCUGCUUAUGAGCUUCUUGACGAGAUGAGAAAUUACUUACCAGCCCGGUACCCCACUCUAUUUCAAAAGACUAACUUGGGUGUAAAGAACUUGGAGACAGGCGAAGACCACAAGUUUCGAGGAAGUUAUCGGGUUUAUAAAGGACCGGGUUCAGAAGGUGAAGACCCUAUGUUAAUUGCUGCGAAAAUGGUUCAGGACGAUUUGGCAGUCAUGAUGGAAAGCGAUAAUGGCGAGUAUAUUUUGAAGGCUGGGGCGGUGAUUUUACCCGGGUUCUGGAAGUUGGAAGACAAGUACAACCAAACAUUGGAGAAUAUCCACACACAUGGUGACGUUCCAAAAUUUAAAGAAAAGCUUCAGAGUCCUAUGGAGAAGUUUUUCAUUCGGUUGACAUGUGAUAAAGCUGUUGUUAGAAACAACUACUUCCUCCAAACCGACGAAGAACUCGGGUGGUCUAGUUCCAUUGGAGACGAAUUUGGUGAAAAAGUAGGCUGGUAUACUGCUGAUGAAGCCAAUGAUAUUUCCAAAAUCCACUUAAGAUCUGAGCGACAAAGUUUAAGAAGGCUUCCCAAGUCCGGUGCUAUAGUUUUCACCGUCAGAACAUACUUCAUUCCCAUUUCCAAGCUAGUGGAGGAACCGUAUAUUCCAAGACGUCUUUUGAACGGGAUUCAAAGCUGGGAAGAAGAUGUACAAGAGUAUCGUGGUUACACUAAAUUCAAGGAUAUCUUGUUGCCGUACUUGGAACAAAAAGCCGAGGCUCAAGAGAAGUUGGGAUAUCUUCCUGAAAAGGAGACCAAUGCAUUCCCGUUCUAG